AUGACCUCCCCCUCGCCAGCGCAGAAUCACUACAGCUACCACUCUCCAACCUCCAGCGAAAUGGGUCGGUCAAGGCAGAAUUCGGACGCGAUGGACAUCCAAACUCUUACUGAGCGAGAGCCGGGCGCGAGCAACGGCGAGCGAACCCAAUUCCAUGAAGAGAACGGCCGCACCUACCAUGGCUUCCGCAGGGGCAUGUACUUCCUCCCGUGCGACGAGCAAGAGCAGGACCGCCUCGACAUCUUCCAUAAACUUUUUACGGUAGCGCGCGUAUCGGAAAGCCUGAUCUACGCACCCCAUCCAGGCAACGGCCGAUUCUUAGAUCUAGGGUGUGGAACUGGUAUAUGGGCGAUCGAAGUAGCAAGCAAAUACCCCGACGCCUUCGUCGCCGGCGUGGAUCUGGCUCCCAUCCAACCCUCGAAUCACCCGAAGAACUGCGAGUUCUAUUCACCCUUCGACUUCGAGGCCCCCUGGGCGAUGGGCGAGGAUUCCUGGGACCUCAUUCAUCUGCAGAUGGGCUGCGGCAGUAUCAUGGGCUGGCCGAACUUGUACCGGAGGAUCUUUUCCCACCUUCGCCCAGGUGCCUGGUUCGAGCAGGUCGAAAUCGAUUUCGAGCCCCGCUGCGAUGAUCGGUCACUGGACGGGUUGGCCCUGCGCCAUUGGUACCAAUACCUGAAGCAAGCGACAGCGGAAACCAUGCGCCCGAUAGCUCAUAGCUCUCGCGAUACCAUCAAAUACCUCCAAGACGCCGGUUUCACAGAGAUCGACCACCAGAUCGUUGGCCUCCCGCUCAACCCGUGGCAUCAGGACGAACACGAGAGGAAGGUCGCGCGGUGGUAUAAUCUAGCCGUCUCAGAGAGCAUCGAAAACCUCAGUAUAGCCCCGUUUAGUCGCGUCUUCGGCUGGCCCGUGGAGAAAAUCCAGCAGCUCGCCUCGGACGUCAAAACCGAAGCAUUCAACAAGGAAAUCCACGCCUACAACAUCCUGCACAUAUACCAAGCGCGAAAACCGUCGAGAUAA